UUUAACCUUUAUUUCUAUGGCGCCCAAAUUAAGUUGUUUAUUAAGCAUUAUAGUUUUGGAUUUGAAACUUUAAAUUGAAAGUUGUUUUGUUAUAUAAUGUUUACAUGUUUAAUGUAAUAUAGAUUUUUUCGGAAAACUUAUCCUUCCUAAGCGAUUAGCUACACUGUAUUUUAAUCCAACGUGAGAAUGGAGGAAAAUUUUAUUUAUGAUGAUCUUGCUACACAAGGAGACCUUGGAGAAAUGAUAAAUGAUCUGCAAACAAAAAAUAAUGAACUCCAACAACAUGUAUGUUCUCUUGAACAGGACAUCGUGAAACUAUGUGAUAAAAUAACUGAAAUGAAAACAGUUCAAGACAAUCUGUCCAAGAAUAUUUCAGAACUGUUCAAUACAGCAAAAAAUGAGCUUGAAAGAAAAGAUCGGCGGAUUGGAGAACUUCAAAAUCAACUUGAUGACUUGAUUUUUAGGAGAAGACAACCCAAUUCUGCCCUCAAGAGAAAAUGGGAAGAAUCCUAUCCAGAUGAAAUUAAUAAGAGACCUCGAACCAAAAAUGUUAAUAUAUCACAUUCUGGUGAGGCUGAUGAGAUCAUUUUAGUGAAUGAUGAGCAAGAAAGUUGUAAGGACCUGAGUGGACUAAUGUGUAAGAAUAUCCCUGUGGAACUCAACCCAGAAUCUGACAAUCGGGUCAGCCAAAAACAAGAAAGCGAUCUCAGAAGAUUGACACAUUCAAAAGAAAAUACUUAUUCAAGAGAAAAAAGGGAAUAUCAUAAGGACACUUAUCGAAAUGAUUACAGAGAUAGGAAUGCUAAUCGAAGUAGAACAGAGGAGAAGGAGAUAAGAAAGGAUUAUAGAGAUGUCUAUAGAGAGAAUAGGGAUUAUGAUAGACGCUAUAGAGAUAGAGGUAGAGGUAGAGGCAGAGGUCACAGAAAUAGUAUCCAAGAGUAUAGAACAAACCCUAGAGACUAUAGAGAUAAUUGGAGAAAUAACAGGGAUAGUCAUUCAGGAAAUAACCAGAGGCAAUCUAAUGAACAUGAUUUUCGUGAAAGUAACAAAUUUGAAAAAUAUGCAAGUAAUCAUCGAAUGGAUAGGCAUUCUGGAACUGAACCAGUAUUUUCUUCUGGAAAAGCAACUCAUAGUAAUUCGGUUGCUGAAGACAAUUCUAUAGAAGAAGGUGAAGUUUUCGAUGAAGAACCAAGAAAAGGUACUGAAAUUAUUGAGGAGAAUAUUUUGAACAAGAACCUGGAUGCUGUCAGGAAUCUUUCAUUCGAAGUUCAGAAGUCUCAGAUCUCCCACAAAUCCAUGGUAGAGCAAGAAAGAAGAACUAGGGUAAAAAACUCAGUGAGGCCGCAUCAAAGAGAUCAUAACAACCAAGAAGAUAAAUUGAAAGAUCUGAAAAAUAAAAAUAUGGUACGGGAUAAGCAAAAUCUAGAAAAGAAUGGAAAAGAUAAACUGUCUGCAGAGAAUCCAGUAAUUGAGAUUAAUAAUGUAAAUGACGAGGAUAUGAAAGGAAAACAAGGAAAGUUGGUAGAUAAAGUGAUAGGCCAUGAGGAUAAUAAAAUAGCUGCAAACAAACAUAUGGAGCGUAAUAAUGAAAAAAAUGUGAAGAUUAUUUCCCAAAUCAUUUUGAAUGAAGGUGCUAAGGAUAUAUCGAAAGAGUGUGCCUCCAAAUCAGAAGUUAAAAAUGAUACUGAAUGUAAAAUUCAGGACAAAAAAGAAAAUCCUCCAAUAACACUGAAAACAGAGAGAAGAAAAAGAGAAUCAAGAGUUCCUAGGAAUCUAACUGAAGAGUUGAACAUCAACUUGGAAAGAUCAAAGAAGACAAAAGACCUGAUGUAUGAGCUCUUCGGUUCUUCUGAAAAAAAAAAAUAUCCCAGUAUGUUGGACCAAGUUAGUCCUAAGUCUCUUUAUUCUCUGAGCGAUGAUGGUGAAAUGCCCAAACUGAAAUUUUUUAAUUCAGAUAUUGAGAAACCAAUGUCCAACUCUCAUUCGAUGGAAGUUAAAAAAGAUUCAAAUCCGGUUACAGAAUUUCAAAUAUUCAAGACAAAUCUUCCUUGUUUAGAAAAAUCCAACUCCCUAUCAAGCAUCAGUAUCCAAAUUCAAAAACCGGAUAUUGUACCUACGAAUAAAGAAUCAUUAAAAAAGUCACAGCCAGAAGAUGAGAAAUUUUCAUUAAUGAAAGAAAAUAAGGUUUCAAAUCAAAAAGAAGAGUAUGACCAAGUGCUGAUACAUCAAGCAUCUAGUGAGGAAGCUGAAAAAAAAGAGAAUUUUGGACAGUCUACAAAUGAUAUUUGUAGUAUGAGUUUUAUUGACCUGGAUAUUAGACAGUUGGGGGCAGAAAAUUUUCCUAAUAUGAAUGCAGUAUCAGAGUCUAAAGGUGCUUCUCAUUCACUUUUAACACCUGUACAAGAAAAUUUAGAAAUUGGUUCACAAAAAUGUAUUACUCAAGUUGUAGAAGAAAAAAAGGUCGCCAUUACAAACAUUGAUGAAAAAGAACCUAUUAGAAAAAAACAUGAAAAGUCUCAUUCCUUAUCGAUCCACAGUGACCAUAUUGAAAAACCAUCUCAAACUGGAAAUGAAACUAAGAAUGACACACCUAAGACGAUUCUAAAAGAAUGCCAAUUUUCUUCUGGAAAGGAUGACCCUGUGCAGCCAAAAAGUAAUGUUUGUGAUAAUAUACCCACUAAGGAUAAUAAACCUCAAUCUGUUCUACAUUCAAACCAUCCUCAACAAAAAUAUAUUUCUGAUAUCUUAACCCCUAGUGAAGGAACUGAACACAUGUUUCCAAGAGAAUCAAUAGAUAUAAAUGGAAUACCCAGAAUUGAUUUGAAUAAUACUAAAAAGCCCCAGGAUCCAAAGAAAACAAACAAAAGCAAAUCAGUUUCACCAUCUAAGAUCAAGAUUCAAAAGCAAUGUCAUUCUACUAAAGUAAAGGAAGAAAUAGAAAUUCCAUAUCAAGGGGAUGAAAAAUUUAAGCAUUCCCCUGUAGAUAAAAUAAAUAAACCUUCAAAACAAAAAAGAACAGAAAAAUGUAUCGCAAAAGAGUCUAUUGCACAAGUACCUAUUGAAGACAAAAAUUUGAGUGAAUCUACUGGUCCAGUUACCAAUACAAAAAUACAUAAAUCUACAAAUUCUUCAAAAUCAGUUGUUAAAUCUGUUUCCAAAGAUAUGGCAGAUUUACUUUCUGUAUCAGUGCAGGAUAAUAUAAAAACUAUUCCAAAGAAAUGUACAACCUCAACUAAAACGGAGAAGACUGGAAAUUGUAAAAAUAGAGAUAAUAAAGAUAUUGAUUCCUUUGUUCCAACUUCAUCCAAAAAGCCACCAAAGGCUUGUAAUAAAAAGGUAACUUCAUUAUCAGGCAAAGAUGCUAAAAUCAAAUCGAGUAACUCAUUGGAAGCCCCAGUGAAUAAGAAAGUGGAAGAUAUUACACACCAAAAACCAUUGAAUCAACCUGUUUCAAAACUUGAUCGAAUUUCUACAGAAGCAGUUAAGGAACCACAAAGUUACAAGGAAGCUACUAGCACACAAGUACAUAAAAAUUGUAAGACUGAAAAAGAUGUGUCUGAUUCUACACCAACACAAUCUGCUGACCCAAAUGUAAUAGAAAAGGGUGCAUCUGAUACAAAUGUAAAUAUUGCAACUACUAAUAUGACUGUAAGCAAUUUGUCAUUGACAACAGAAAAAAAAAUUGAAAAUAUCAAUCUGAAUAAAAGGCAAAUUAAUCAGAAUGCUUGCUUUCAAGCUUCCCCUGAGAACUCGUCAGAAUCUAGAACUACAAAUAAUAGUGAUAGAAAAAGAAGGAGAUGUGCGAUCAAGUUAGUGUGAUGGAUUCUAUUGAAUAAUACUGUGUAUUAUGUAUAAAAGCCUUUUAAUUUUUUUUGUUAUUGUAUAAUCCCAAUAGCAUUGUAUAAAGUAUUCAUUUAUUUUAUUAUAUCGAGAGUUGUAAUUUUAAUUUAUGUCGGGAUAGGUUAAUAACAAUAUAACUAGAAUAAAUGUUAUAUUGAUAGUA